UAGGACAGCAUGUUGCCGGAAGAGGGUCAGCUGGAUCGUUGUGAUGUUAUGUUUCAUGGGUUUCACUGACAGAUGACACAUGUAUGCGAAAACAAGAGGCAUUUCUUCACCUAUUGUAAACAGAACAUGCUCAGGUAAUGGCUGAAUUUACACGGUCAUCGUCUGCCACAUCAACUCCAUCGGGCCCGAAAGAAGAGACACUUCUUGAAAACUAUUUCCUUCUGCUCAGCCAGUUUGCCUAUGAUAAGGCCAAGGAACUCACUGAGAAGGAUAAAGAUGUGCACAAGCUGUCCGCAGCUGCCUCCUGGGGCACCAUCAUCCAAUGUCUGUCUCAGCUGGCCGCGGCAGAGAAGAUGUACAUGUCCCUCACCUUCCUCGGACAAAAGAGGUUUAAUCCCAUUGGACGAGCCAGAGAGUACCAGUUCUUGGGUCAGGAGUUCCAGCGCAUUGACAGCUUGUCUCAGACCCCAGUGACUGCUCGCUCGGACCUGGAGGUUCUCUUGGCACACCUCAGUGGUCAGCUGAGUCACUACCUCACUGCCAGACAGAGACUCAUGGAUCUAUAUGAGCAGAUCUCUUCUGUUGCCGUGCACAGGAAUGUGAGUUUUGAUGACCUGGUUACCAUGGUUACUGACAUCAUACAGGCUCACAGUCGGGGGUUCCAUCAUCCACUCCUCAGCCCUCUCAAGUCCAGCUUCAGCCUGGAGUGUGAUGUGAUGCGCCACCUACUACAGGCCCAGAUACUCAUGUCAGAGUGGCAGUGUCUCCCCUCCCUGCUGCAGUUAAACCAGGCCCACACCAAGCUGGCUAGCUGGGCCAACAUGGCGGCCAUCAAAGAGCCUGCGUCCAAGGAUAAGCCUACACCGAGCAAGAAAGGUUUUGUGAGCACCACCAGGGCCAGUGUACAGACAGGGGUGUAUCACUGGCUUGCCAGAUUCAAGGGUCUGCUUGUAUCCAAGUUCAGUCUGUACUUCUAUGAGGUACUCAGCAAGCAGGCAGUUCCCGUAGAGAUGAAGAGCUGGGCCAGCAAGACAACAGACGACUUUAUAGGAAAAAUUACAAGUUUCCAGAAGAAAUGUGACGCUCUCAAUGUGUCCUUGGUGCUAGAUAGUCAUGGUUUGAAGGAUACAUACAAGGGACCUGGCUACCACCACCCCAAUAGGAUUACAGAGGCCCCCGAGGGACUGAACACCUUCCCUGCCAUACUGUCUAUACCGGGGGACCGCCCAGCCUCUCACUGGCCAAAUGUAGUGAUGAUGAUCAGCGACAAGAACACACCUGACCUUUCCAACCAGGACAAGAUCAACUGCUUCUAUGAUAAGAGAGCCCAGAGCACCUACUUCAUCAGCAGGGUGGAUCCUCGGAUUUACUUGGUUGUGGUGUUUGAAACCAAGAAAUCAGAAAAAGAUUCAUAUGUGACAAAUUUCAUGAACGACUUGAGUUUACAACUUCGUUGCAGUAAGAUUCUCAGCAGUUUAAAACCAGGAUCCAAAUAGUAGAAAACUAUGGUCAUCAAUACACAUGUGCUUGGGACUGUUGUCUGCUUCCAGUGAUUACAAACACACCAAGAGCAAGACAGAUAUUUGUGAGUUUAUUUCAACAUAUAUUGUCAUGGUCCUGUUCUAAUUAACUGUGACAAGUGUCAUCAUUAGGUUGUCACACAGGUGCACCAAACCCUGGGACAUGAAACACUGGUACAAUCAAACAUAGGUGCUAUCCAAUGUAAUGGCAAACAGGAAAGGUUUGAGAUUUGUUUGGCAAACGUACAAUAAUAUAUAAAACAGUUAUGUUGUGUACAUAUGUUGUUAUCUAUAAUUAAAGUAUAUGAUCCCA